ACCCAUUUACAUAUUCAAACGAAAUGAAACCAAUAAAAUUCGGAUUAUCAUUUUUAUUUUUGUUGCUGGCCUCUAAAUCCUUCAUUGCAGAAUCAAAAUGUAGCAAAACUUGUGACUUAGCUUUAGCUUCCUAUACUAUACCUGUUGGUGUAGAUCUCGCAUAUAUUUCAAAUACCAUGCAAUCCAAGGUUGUUUCUAAACGUGAAGAUAUUUUAAUCUACAACUCAGACACAAUGUCAAACCCAGAUGUUAUCCUAUCACAUUCAAGAGUGAAUGUUCCAUUUCCUUGUGAUUGCAUCAAUGAUGAGUUUCUUGGUCACACAUUUCUCUACGAAGUUCAACUAGGAGAUAACUAUGAUUCAAUUGCUGAGUUGAAUUUUAGCAAUUUGACCACUGUGGAGCGAUUGGAGCGAGACAAUGUUUAUACAAGAAACAAUAUCCCUGAUUUUGCGAAGGUUAAUGUCACUGUUAACUGUUCCUGCGGGAACAGAGAGGUUUCUAAGGAUUAUGGAUUGUUCAUCACAUAUCCACUUAAUUCUGAAGACACUUUGGAGUCUAUUGCAAAGGAUACAAAUCUUGAGGCUGAUUUGUUGCAGAGGUAUAACCCUGGUGUUGAUUUCAGCCAAGGGUUCGGUCUUGUUUUUAUUCCGGGGAAAGAUGUAAAUGGAGUUUAUGUUCCUCUUCCCCCUAGAAAAGAAUCUCACUUAGCUAGAGGUUUAGUUAUCGCUGGAAUAUCUUUUGGAGGAAUAUGUAUGCUACUGUUAUUAGCAAUUUGUAUAUAUGUUAGAUACUUUCGAAAGAAGAAUGGAAAGAAGUCUAUGUUUUCAACUAAAGAUGCCAAUGGUGAUACUGGAUCCAAAUUUAUUGUGGUGAAAAAAUCACCAGAGUUUUCGUUCAUAGAACUAGCCAAUGCUACAGAUAAUUUCAGUUUGGCUAAAAAAAUUGGUCAUGGUGGUUUUGGAGAGGUCUACUAUGGAGAGCUAAGAGGCAAGAAAACUGCAAUAAAAAAGAUGAAGAUGCAAGCAACAAGAGAAUUUCUUGCUGAACUCAAAGUCUUAACAAGUGUUCAUCACUGCAACCUGGUACAUUUGAUUGGAUAUUGUGUUGAGGAAUCUCUAUUCCUUGUGUAUGAAUACAUGGACAAUGGAAACUUAAGCCAACCUCUACAUAACUCAGAGAGAGAACCAAUGUCGUGGUCUACCAGGUUGCGAAUUGCUCUAGAUGUAGCGAGAGGCCUCGAGUAUAUUCAUGAUCAUUCAGUGCCUGUAUAUAUCCAUCGCGACAUUAAAUCAGAUAACAUUUUAUUAAACGAAAACUUCACUGCAAAGAUUGCAGAUUUUGGAUUAACCAAGCUUACUGAUGUUGCAAGUUCAACCCGUAACACUGAUCAUGUGGCAGGCACAUUUGGUUACAUGCCGCCUGAAAAUGCAUACGGACAUAUUUCUCGCAAGGUAGAUGUAUAUGCAUUUGGAGUUGUUCUUUAUCAACUAAUAUCUGCCAAAGAAGCUGUGAUCAAGAUCGAUAAACCUAGUGCCGAGUUCAAAAGUUUUGAAAUUAAGACAGAUGAAUCUAUUGAUGAAUACAAGAGCCUUGUAGCCUUGUUUGAUGAAGAGGGAGAUUCUAUAGAAGGUCUAAGAAAAAUGGUGGAUCCAAGGCUAGGAGAUAACUACUCAAUUGAUUCCAUUAACAAGAUGGCACAACUUGCAAAGGAUUGCACAAAUCGAGAUCCGAAAGGACGUCCGAGAAUGAGAGCGGUUGUGGUUUCACUGAUGAAACUAAAUUCUAGUAUUGAUGAUGGAAGUAUGAGAAGUAGUGAAGCAUUGAGUCCUAUUAAGGAGCUUGAUGAACAAAACUGAAAUUUCACCUGUGAAAUUUAAUACUAUUAUGUUAUGUACUACUUGUAAAGAUUAUCAUAAGAACAACGGAAAGAAAAAAAUACAAAAUGUGGAUAAUAGUGUAUUGAAAUUUGGAAUGAUAUAUGUGUGUUAGAAAGCAACAAUUGAAAAAAUCAGACUUGCGAAAUUAUAUUUUUGGACAAAUUUAAGUCAAGGGAGUCGACCCAUUGGUGUUGGGAGUCGACUCCAAGAAGAUAGAAACAAUUUGAUGAAAAUAUGCCUCAGUGGGAGUUGACCCAUUCGCAUAGGGAGUCGACUCGAUUCAUAGGAAAUGAGAAGGCGACCCAUGCUGUCUAGGAGUCGAUUUCAAGUGGACAGAAAAAAAUGAAGAAAAACAGCUUCAGUAGGAGGCGACUCACAGCUCGAAGGAGUCGAUUUUAGGACUUUAGAAUACAAGUUCAAUGUAUUGAUAAAAUAUUUAUGGGAAUCAAGUUGUCAAUGUUUUAGAACAUUAGUCCAAUAUUUUAAUAAGAUGCUAUGUGAAUUAAGUUGUUAAUGUUUUAGGACACAAGUCCAAAGUUGAUG